AUGUCUGAGGGGGCUUACCAACGCCUCUGGGACUCCUCUCACUUGACCCUACAAGAGCUGCUGGACCAAGAGCAGCCCUUGCUCGAACCCGUGCCCGACCGGGAGCGGCAGUCCUUCCAGUACAGGCUCUCACGGCUAUACCUGUACUACCUGGGGCUGCUGCGCCGGUUCGACACCCUCUAUGACCAGAUGGUGCAGCCGCAAAAGAGGCGGCUGCUGCGGCGCCUGUUGGACAGCGUGGCAGGGCGCGUGCUGGAACUCAAGGACGAUCUGGUGCGCACCGACCUGCGUGAGAGCCACUGCCUGGACCAAGUGCUGCAGGACCUCAAGCUCACGCCGGCAGAGCUGGAGGUCCCAAUCCCUAAGUACUUCCUGCUGGAGCAGUCCAGUAUUCUGAAGGAGCGAGGGCUGAUGCUGGCAGAGAUCCUGUCCAGAAUGGAGCAACUGUCCUCCGAGGAGAGCUUUCCAGAAAUGCACCAGACUGAGGCCGUAAUCUUACUGCAAAGGGCCGAGCGGGCCAGGCAAGGCCGGCUCCGAGCCAACUUCAUGCGAGAGAUUCGGAAAGAGGAGGAGCGGGAUCGGAGGAUUCGGGAGGACGGGCGGCACAAGUUCAGUCAGGACCAAGCAGCCAUCGCCAUACAGAAGGUGUGGAAAGGCUACCUGCAGAGGAUGCGCACUCAGCAGGACCGGCAAAGAGAGAUGGAGUUCAUUGGCAUGCUCCCCUUGCGCAACCACGUGGAGCACUUGGGCCUCCUGUCCCAGGCCUGCCUCUGGGAGGAUGUCCGGAGGCUCCACCAGGUAGAGAAGGAGCAAGAGUUCCAGUUGGCCAUCACAAAGACCCACGAUUCUCUCAAAGAGAUGGAGGGGCCCGAAAUGAAGGAGAAAAUGAAGGAGCAAAUCCGACAGUGGUUUAUCGAGUGCCAUGCCCUUACUGGCCGAUUCCCUGAUUAUCCAGAUGAGUCUUUAGGUGGAUCCUACCUGAUCUUUGCAGACAAGACUCCAGAACAGGUGAAAAUGGAACUGGAGGCACAGGCCCAGGACAGCAAAAAAAAGGACCAAGAGAAAAAUAAAGAAAAAGAAAAGGAGAAAAAAGAGAAGAAGAAGAAAGGGAAGGCAGAAAAGAACAGGAGGGGGGAAGCAGAUACAAUGCUGAAAGUGUUGCCAUCCAAAUUUAUACCUGUGAUCAAUGCCGGACACGAGGAGUACAUAAAUCUGUGGAAGAACCAAUAUGAUAGCACACACCCUAAUCAGAGUUUUGACUCUGAGACCCUCCAGGUGGAGAAGAGGAAGGAAGUGGAGCAGGAGAUCCGGUUACAGGUUGAUGAGCUGAUGCGUCAAGAGCUGAAGAACCUGCGCCUGGCUGUAGACAGGGAGGAGGCUAGACCCUUGAAGGCUCCAAAGAAAAAGACUGGGAAGAAAACUGGGAAGAAGAAGAAGGAAAAAGAUCUGACCCCAGACAGGUCCGUGGAAUCUCUGUUUGAAGAGCUUGUCCUCUCUGGCUUUCUAAAGAAGAAUGAGACAGUGGCAUUGAAAGACUAUGUUGGUGACUUCCUCUAUCUUGGAUCCACUCUGAGUUUUGCCAACAAGUUGCCCAUGCCUUCCCUUUUUGACAUACGACAGAACAUGGCCUUGUAUGGUGUUCUCCGGCUUGGCUCCCCAGAUAUACACUCCAUGGCUCCCCUUAUCCGCUCCAUCCUCCUGGUGGGCCCCUCCGGCAUGGGGAAGAAGAUGCUGGUCAAGGCUGUGUGCACAGAAACUGGCGCCAAUCUGUUCGACCUGUCACCUAGCAACCUGCAGGGCAAAUAUCCUGGCAAGACCGGGGCGCAGAUGUUGGUGCAUAUAGUCUUUAAGGUGGCUCGACUCCUUCAGCCCUCUGUGAUCUGGAUUGGGAAUGCUGAGAAGAAUUUCUAUAAGAAAGUCCCAAAAGAAGAGAAGGAGAUGGACCCAAAGCGAAUAAAGAAGGAUCUGGCCAAGGCCCUGCGACUGCUGAAUCCCGGAGACCGUGUGAUGCUGAUAGGGACCACCAACCGGCCGCAGCUGGCUGAGAUAAAAGGGCUGUGCCGGACCUAUGAGCGAAUCCUCUUCAUGCCACGGCCUGAUUACGCUUCUCGCUAUGUGCUCUGGAAGCAGAUGAUAGAGGCCCAGGGAGUCCAGAUGGCCCAAAGUCUGGACGUCAGUGCCCUGGCUAAGGUGUCUGAUGGCUACACGCCUGGUCACAUUCUCCAUGCCAUCCGAUCGGUGCUGACCCAGCGGCGGCUCCUGCAACUGUCCAAGCGGCCCCUGGUGGCCUCAGAGUUCCUGGGGCAUCUGGCAAAGCUGGAGCCAGUGUACAGGGAGGAGGAGGAGUCCCUGAAGGACUGGUACUUCAAGACCCCGCUGGGCAAGAAGAGGAUGAAACUUAGCAAGGACCAGGAUGCUGAGGAGGCCAAGCUGGCAAAGGAGAAGAAGAAAAGGAAGUGA